AUGAGUCCAGGUCCAGGUCCAGGUCCAGAGGCUAGGUGUGUGCUGCACUACCGUAAGAAGGGGCUUGAUGCCAGUCUACUCCAUGUUUAUGCUUGCAUAGCCGUACCCGUAGUAGAAAUUAGCUCUACUGCACAGGCCACCAGGACUUGCUCUCUGUAG